AAAGUAAUAUCAACGAAUUCUUUUAAUGACAAUGACACUGUGGCAUCUAGGUUGUGUUCUUGUCAUCAGUUCAAUUUACGACAACGCAUGCGCAACUGGAAAGUUGCGUUCCGCCGUCGCCGGAGUGACGUCAUGCAACAGCAACACAGAUUUCUGGAAAUAUGAAGAGCUGUCAGAACCAGAGGGUGUCCACAGAGUUUUGAAGUGUGCCAUGGCGUGUCAGAAAUAUGACAGUUGUGUGUUGGCUGUGUUCAUCACCAGAGACGCGACAACAAGAUGUUUGCUGUUUAAACAACGAACUGAUGCCGCAGGUAAGCUGGGUUUGAACUAUGACCAGUGGCUAUCAACACGGUCGUAUCACUGUAGCGAAAAGUUAUUAAGGUUUUGUAUACAAAGUUUGUCAUCAGUCAUCAAGUGCCAACUUGUCAAGCACUCUCACACCCUGGUCAGCAGCUAUCUACUAUAUCAAGUGCAGUGUGAAGAAAUGUAUGUAGGUAUGUUUUUAAUUGUAUUUAACUAAACCUAUAAGCAUCAUUAAAAAAAAACAAUGGACCGUAACCUAAUUGACAUGGUUAAUAUGGUUACCGGAAAUUUGUUUGAAAGAAAAUUCGUCGAAGGAAAAUAAAUAGACGGAAAUUUGAUAGGAUGGAAAUUCGGUCAGUAAAACAAAAUAAUUGGUUCAAACAGAAAUAUGACGCAAAAUUUUCACGUGUGAACUGAAAAAAAGAUUUGACCAACUUUCCGUUUGAUCAAAUUUCCGUUGAUCAAUUUUCCGUCGACGACAUUUCUUUUAACAAAUUUCCGGAUACGGUUUUGUUUUACCUGCUGGUCCAAACAAGGAGGUGUUCCUGGACGACUCGUUCAAACUCAAUUGGCAACACAAAUUGUAAAUGAAGAAUUAUAAAUGUAGAAAGUUAACAAUAUUUUUUUCGAAUAAUCUAAAAUGGGCACCCCAUAUAAACAAAAUUUAAAAAAAAAGCCAACUCCACACUUGGUUUCAUUCGAAGAAAUCUGCGCCACUGCCCAACUUCCUGCAAAAUAAAUGCCUAUCUCGCACUCGUCCGUCCGCUACUAGAAUAUGGUGGGAUCAUCUGGGACCCAUAACUAAAGCAAGACGUGGACAAAAUGGAGCGAAUACAACGCAACGCAGUGCGCUUCAUCACAAGUUACUACAAUCGACCACUCCUGGCUUCGUCACUGAGCUCUUAAAAAGAUUUGACAUCCCCUCCCUCAAAGACAAUAAUUGCUUGGAACCAACUGGACAAUGCCGCCGUGGACUCGACAUCAAUCGAGAGUUUCAAGGCUGCCCUGGCACCCGCUAGGAGCCAUUAGGACGGCCGCAUCGUUUCCUAAACCGUUGCACGUAUGCCAGUACAUGGUUGCAGCAACGUAGUCUAUCAGAAUCAGAAAUAAAUUAUUUUCCAAUGGCUUUGCGCUCUGGCAAGGCUUUAUCACGGCCCUUCAAGAUACGUUAUUUUUGGUGUGAGCAUUUUAAAUAGACUUUAUGCAGAACGGUGCGCUUUCAACGAAGUGUUUCCUGUGCGCUUUCAAAGAAGUGUUUCCUGUGCGCUUUCAAAGAAGUGUUUCCUGUGCGCUUUCAAAGAAGUGUUUCCUGUGCGCUUUCAAAGAAGUGCUUUCAAAGAAGUGUUUCCUGUGCGCUUUCAAAGAAGUGUUUCCUGUGCGCUUUCAAAGAAGUGUUUUCUGUGCGCUUUCAAAGAAGUGUUUCCUGUGCGCUUUCAAAGAAGUGUUUCCUGUGCGCUUUCAAAGAUAUGUUUUCUGUGUGCUUUCAAAGAAGCGCUUUCAAAGAAGUGUUUUCUGUGCGCUUUCAAAGAAGUGUUUUCUGUGCGCUUUCAAAGAAGUGUUUCCUGUGCGCUUUCAAAGAAGUGUUUCCUGUGCGCUUUCAAAUUUGCACUGAAAGAACGUUUGUUAAAAUUAUUUUUCGCACAAUUUUCUAUAAAUAAAAGGAAAUACAUGUAGAAUGUUGCUUUUUUUCGAAAAUACAUUUCAUGAUCAUGGGGAAAAAAAUGAAUGGUUGGACUUUUGGUAAGAACACCUUUAAAGUACAGGGCGUGAGAAAAGUGAGCCAAACGGAUCGUACACAUAGUGAAAGCGGCAGGGGCUUCAUUUUGUUACAUAGUGUUAUAUGGGGGCCGGGGGGGGGGCUAGAGAGCAAUUUAAAAGACAUUUCUUUUUUAAAGAAUAUUUUUUAAAUUAGUUCUGCUUUUUAUGUCCAAAUUACGAAAUUGGCUUAAAUUAUUUUUUAAAAACCAAAAUAUAAUUUUUUGCUAACAAAAAUUAGUAAAUUUUUUGUACAAAACAAUUAAAGCUUUUUGCUGGAAGUUUGCUGGUUCCUGCCUGUGUUUGGAAUGUAUUCGGUUUUAAAUGAGGAUGGGCUUUGUGGUUGCUAGAUAUGUUUUAUAAUAUCAUCUGAAAGGAGGUGGGGUAAAUGGAAAUGUUAUAUGACGUUAUAAGGGUUUGGGGUGGUAACAAUAUCACCCUGGGUGCAUGGGACUCGUUAACCUUGGACGGCAACUCAUUUAAGAGAAGUAAACUCUGGAUUAAAAAAAAAGGAAUCAGAAUGAUCACUAAUUUAUCGUGGGCCGUCAAAUAUAAGGGGGGGGGGGUGUGCGGAAUUAUAUAAGGCAUCCUUCCGUGAUGGAGUUGUUAUGUACACUUAAAAAAAAAAUGUCUGACUAGGCCGAUCCUGGAAUGGCAAUGUCGGCUGCAUUUCUCACAGGACAAUCUUGACUUACGGUUAGAUUUGGCCUUCCGUAUUGUUCUUUUGGUUACAAGAAAUUCGUUUGACGCAUCGUCUUCCUUUUUGACCCCUUCAGACGCUGCUGUUCGCAGACUUUCUUCUGAGUGCAAUGUUAAGACGGCAUCGUCAGUGAACAUCAGUUCACGAAUUAGUUCCUUUUAAACCUUGGUCUGUGCACGCAAGGUGGCGAUAUUGAACAGCCUACCAUCAACAUAAAAGAUUGGGGGGGGGGGGGGGGGGAGGGGGGGGGGGAUUGCAAAUUUAAUUAAUGUUUAUUAACAAGAGUUUACAAUCAGGCUUGCCAGAGUUUUAAGGGCUGAUACCGAUCCUAUGGUUGUAAACGGAACAAGUGGAGUACCUAUGAGGGGGUGAAAGGUUUGAUAGCCCCGAGGGGCACUUUUCAAAAUGCUAAUCACCAACAAUUUAUUAAAUAGGUGUAUGUAUAGGGCGCAAUUUCAGGAUUUCGAACCGGGCGAGAUUUAGUCAAGGUAAGUCACGUGGUGUGAUCAAUUUGGUGAGUUGAGGCUGAGCGAGAUUUAGUCAAGGUAAGUCACGUGGUAUGUUUGGUGUAAUGAGUUGAGGCUGAGCGAGAUUUAGUCAAGGUAAGUCACGUGGUGUGAUCAAUUUGGUGAGUUGGGGCUGGACGAGAUUUAGUAAGGGUAAGUCACGUGGUAUGUUUAUUUUGGUGACUUCAAGCUGGGCGAGAUUUAGUCAAGGUAAGUCACGUGGUAUGUUUGGUUUAAUGAGUUGAGGCUGAGCGAGAUUUAGUCAAGGUAAGUCACGUGGUAUGUUUAGUUUGUUGCUAAUAUUGUCAAUAAGGCUUUAUUCUAUACUCACAGAAUAGUGCAGUUUAACAAUAAUAAUAGAAGAUAUGAAAUAAUUUGGUUUGAACAAAAGAUGCUCGCUGUUUAAGCAAACCUAUUUUUUAACUAUACUGAAAUAUAUGUUGUUAAUUUGAAAAAAUUACAUGUGUGCUAUAACUAUAAGGUUACAUGCUGGGAGACUGAUUAUUAAACUUUUUUUUUUUUACUGUAAUUGCUUGUUGCGUUAUCAGAAGUAACUAAAAUGAUAAAGUGCCGUUACUUACAGUUAUCAGAAGUAACUAAAAUGAGAUUGUGCACUGACUUACAGUUAUCAGAAGUAAAUAAAAUGAGGUUGUGCACUGACUAACAGUUAUCAGAAGUAAAUGAAAUGAGAUUGUGCUCUGACUGACAGUUAUUAGAAGUAAACAAAAUGAGAUUGUGCCCUGACUUACAGUUAUGAGAAGUAAAUAAAAUGAGGUUGUGCACUGACUUACAGUUAUCAGAAGUAAAUAAAAUGAGAUUGUGCUCUGACUGACAGUUAUUAGAAGUAAGUAAAAUGAGAUUGUGCACUGACUUACAGUUAUCAGAAGUAAAUAAAAUGAUAUAGUGCCCUGACUUACAGUUAAGAGGAGUAAAUAAAAUGAGAUUGGGCUCUGACUUACAGUUAUCAGAAGUAAAUAAAAUGAGAUUGGGCUCUGACUUACAGUUAUCAGAAGUAAAUAAAAUGAGAUUGUGCCCUGACUUACAGUUAUCAGAAGUAAAUAAAAUGAUACAGUGCUCUUACAUGCAGUGAUCAGAAAUAACUAAAAUGAGAUAGUGCCCUGACUUACAGUUUCAGAAAUUAAGAAAAUAUUUAACAGUGAAUUCAUUUUCUCACCAGCCUCACCUCCACCAAGUUCUACGACUACGAAGUCACCAAAAAGGAAUUCUAACUUCUUUGAAUGGUUCAUGUCGUAUGCGGCUAAUGCUACGUGGACCAUAUCCAACGGGACGAUUUCUUCCUGGGCCAACACCAUGCUGUUAAACGGUACACAGUGGUCUGGGACAGGUCAGGACUAUCAAGGGCAGACAAAUAACAACCAAGGAAUACAAGAGCCCACAACGCCAAGCAUUGAAGACUACCGAAGUAGUCAACGUUGUAAAGUUAUCAAAUUUAGAAUCUAGACAUAACUUCGAAUUUACUGUUAUUUACAUCUGAAUUUAAAAACACAAAACAUUAAGUCUUAUUAACAAAGGUUUCUUUCGAAAAUGAACAACAAAUCUUAAUUCACAUAAUUCAAUAAAAUAAAUAAAACUCUUCUAGGUAAAUAUAUAUCUUUGGUUGUAAGUUACUCAAUUUUUAUAAAAUUUACUGGAAUAUACAAAAUGUUAACAAUGUUAAUCUUAAUAAUAAUUUCUGCCAUCACGACAACUUUUGUCACAAAUAACUACUAAUAAAAUCG